AUGAUACUGGUAAGCGGGACGCCCAAACGGGCCACAGCUCCGAAGGCAGAUAGAUCAGUACUUGUAGUCCUUGACGUGGAGGCUCUCAGAGGCGCCCUCGCCAAGGGUGGCGUCGCCCUUGUAGGUGCCAAGGGUGGCCUCGGAGUUGGCCUUGCACCUCACCAGGAACGCCGUCCUGGCCUUCUCCUCGUUCUCCGUCUUGCCGGACCAGGCCUUGAGGGUGCUCUGCUGGAGGGCACGCCCGAAGGAGAAGGACAGGUUCCAGGGCUUCUUGGUCUGGAGCUUGUUCAUGGCGUUCAGGUUCAGGGUCGCCUCCUCCUCACUCUGUCCACCGGAGAGGAAGACAAUGGCGGGGACGGCAGCAGGGACGGUCCUCUGGAGGGUGCGGACGGUGUACUCAGCAAUCACCUCAGGGGCCACCUUCUUGGCGUCGGAUCCAGGGGUGACCAUGUUGGGCUUCAGGAGGGUGCCCUCAAGGAGGACAUGCUGGUCGUUGAGGGCCUUGUAGCAGGCAGCAAGGACGAUCUCAGUCACGUAAGCACAGCGGUCAAUGUCAUGAGGUCCAUCAACAAGGAUCUCAGGCUCAACAAUGGGCACCAGCCCAUUCUCCUGGCAGAUGAUGGCAUAGCGAGCCAGACCCUGAGCGUUCUGGUCGAUGGAGAGCUGUGA